AUGUCAUCGAUGCAAGAUAGAUUAAAAAUAAAACGUGUAUCUCCCUUUGAAACAUGGAGCUUACGAGAACAGUUGUGCCUUGCAUCAAGUGUAUUGAAAUCUGGGGACCAGAAUUGGAUGAGCGUGUCUAGAUCAUUAAAGCCAUUUGUUGAAAAAGAAUUGCCAAGGCCACCAGACUGGUUUUCUCAGAGGUCAUGUGCCAGUCAGUACACAUAUUUACUUGAAAAUGCUGAUACACCGAGAAGGAAGAAACGAGAGAGUGGCGAAACUGCUAAUGAAUCCAUAGUUAGAAGACUGACACAGGAAAGAAUAGCAGAAUUGAGUCAAAUUCUUGCAUUUCAAAGGGAUGAAUAUCUACGACAUAAAGUAGAUAUGAAUUUACUCACAUCCGGUACAAUAACUGAUGAAAAAUUGGAAAAGAUGUGGCUAGAUAUACAGCAGGAGGAACGUGAACAGGAACAGAAAACGCGGACUCAUUCGAUAUGGGUAGCGAAACGACAGCAGAAGCAGGAAAUAAACUUAUCGUCUAUUCCCUCGGUUAUCGGAGGCCAACGUAAAUCCUUAGAAAGCACGGCAGUAGAAGUGCAGGAAUCUUCAGCAGAACCCUUGACGGAGGAUGACGAGAAAAAGAACCGAGGUGGUAGAUCGCCUCUAUUGACGAGUUUAUUGAAAUCCCCGAGCCCAACUACUCAAACGCAGACCACCACAUCGACGUCUGUUCAGUCGAACUCUCCGACUAUCACCAGUCUACUCGGAUCAAAUUCCAAGAUACUGAACACUCAACUAGUGCAAAACGUAUCGCCGCAGUUACAACAGUUAGUCACGACGGCGAUAGCCGGUGUGCCAAACGCAACGCUGGACCGACCAUCUGUCGGAGCACCUACGCUUUCGAUGCUGCUAGAAAUGCCUGCCAGUUCGCAAAGAGGGCCUCUACCAAAUCUACAAACGACAUCUGCCGCAACGAUCAUUGCACCCCAAACGACGCAGCAAGCAACCGUAGCCACAGCCGAGGUGCACAAUUUCCCGCAAGUACAACAAUCACAAAACGUUGUCCAUCAUCAAAUGGCCAUUCAGAACGUAGAAACAAAUAAUAUUACUCCGACGGCAUUGGCGAUCACCACCAUACCGACCACUACCACUAAUAUACCAAUUUCGGAGAAUAUGGUGCAAAUAAUAGACAAUAUAGAUGAUGUCAUACGUAAGGACAUAAUGGCAGAUGUAAUGGAUAAAGAUGAGAUAAACGAGAUUAUCGGUGACAUCGAAGAACUGAUUAAAGAAGAGAUCACCGCGCGUAGUCCGCAGACUCUUCAAGACGCAAGUGGCAACUCAGCAUCGACGACGGCGACAGUGAUUGACAGCUUAAAUGUACAAACGUCGCAACAGGUGGCAGAAAUCCCAAUAACAGUAACUAUGGAGUCACGUCCAGAGCCGAGAGAUGUGGACGAAGCUGUAUCGCUGUCUAAUUCACCGCAAAGCGAAAUGGCAAUUGAAGAAAUCGAUUCUAGCACAUCUAAUAUCGCUGAGAUAAUUGGCACCGUUGCUAUAGAGCCUCAGGAACCGAAAAUUAUCAUCACUGAGAUAUCGGAGGUCGUGUCCAACAUGCCAGAGGAGACGAAAUCCGUGACAAAUAACUGCGACGAAAGAAUGGUCUUAACUGAAAAGCUUAUUCCGGAACAAGAGAACAGUAAUGAAGAAAAUAACAAGAAAGACAUAGAAGGGAAACAGCUGGGCCCGGAAACAAAAUCCUUGAACACUACGUUGAACGUGGUGGAAACAGAAGAAAACGAAUACAAUGAACUUCCAGAUUCGAAAAAGAUAAUUGGAGCUGUGGCCGAAGAGAAGGAAAAAAUAGAAGAGGAAAACGAAGAUGAAGAGGGAGGAACAGAAAUGAUCUCUAAUAACAAAAAUUCUAUCGAAUCCAUCAAAGAACGAAAGGAGACUCCGGAAGAUGUUGAAGGUAAAGAUAACGCUGGGUUAGAUCAAUUAGAAAUGCAUCUGGCAAAAAUAACAGGGGACCAGCAAGACGUAUCGUCCGCGGAAGUCGUCAGCGUGUCAUCAGAGAUAACAAAUGAUUUACCCAGUACCGAAGACACGGAAAAGUCGCAAGAUAUCAGUUUGAUCCUGGAGGAUGAUGAGGAGGGAGAGAGCAGUCGGAGUUCUGAAAGUAAGAAGAAAGCGACAUUGGAGCAAAUUAUCGAGAACACGGUCGAAAGCACAACCGAGUCCUUAGAAUCGUUCAAGGAAGAACCAGUUGUUUUGAUAAAAAAAGAAGAGAUUGUCGUAGAUAUAAGAGAAGAAUCCUCCAUAAAAUUGCAAGAAGGGGAGAUCGCCGUAGAAACAUUACAAAUAUAUACAGAAAAGUUUAAAGAGGAAGAAGAAGCGGUGAAGGAUUCCUCGGAGGAUACCACAAGUUCCAUCUUGCAAGACACAGAGGUAAAAAAAGUAGAAGUCGAGCCAACCGAUAGGAUCGAGGAUGUUACCAUUAAUGCGAUAACAAUUGAAGAUAUUCAGAGCGUCAAGAGUGAACCAACUGUGACAGUAUCGACUGAUAUAGAGAACACAAGUGUUAAGAAAAGUGAGUGCGCGGAGCUUGAAUUGGAGGAACCGAAAGCGGAUGGGGAAGUAAAAACUGCUAUUGAUAUACUACCAAAGGAGGAUAAGAAUGAGACUGUGGAAAUGAAAGAGGAAAAGAAAGAGAAAGAGGAUACUAAAAAAAGCACAGAUAGCGAGCAGAACGUGAAAAAAGAGAUUGAAUGCGGAGUGACGAGCGCCGGAGAAGAAACCGGAGAAUUAGAUGAAGAGGAGUCGUCGUUGAGCAAAUUGAGCGGUGGCCGAGCAAUGAAGACGUAUUCGAAGAGGCAGCAAAACAUCGCUGUGGACAGUGAACCAGAGAAUGAAGGAACAGGCGAAGGAGCGGAUUAUCGUGCCUGGAAGAAGGCAGUUAUGCUUGUUUACAAUCGCCUGGCUACGCACAAGUAUGCGUCGAUAUUUUUAAGGCCAAUCACAGAGGACCAAGCUCCUGGUUAUCACACGGUGAUCUUCCGACCAAUGGAUUUAUCAACUAUUAAAAAAAACAUCGAUAAUGGUACAAUUAGAUCGACGAUGCACUUUCAGCGGGAUGUCAUGCUCAUGUUUCAAAAUGCCAUUAUGUAUAAUAAACAUGACACGUUUAUCUAUAAAAUGGCUGUAUCGAUGCAAGAGGAAUGUUUACAGCAUAUGCAGAUAUUAGUACAAGUAACAGGAGAAGGAACGUUUCGAAGAGAGACAAGAACUGCCGCGAGUAGUAGCAGCGAGGCAAGCGAAAAUAGCGUCAAACGAAAACGUAGUCACAUAACUCCGAGUCCUCACGAUAUCGAAAGCUUACGAUCAAAAAAACGUAGAAAAUCUGAGAAUGACUAGAUUGCAUUAAUGACGGAUUAAUGUGAAAUAAAUAUUCAGUUAAUUUAUUUCAUCAAUAUUAAAGUGUAAAAAUCAUCGACCACUUUAAGGGUAUGUCGGAGUGUCUAUAAAACUGUUUUAGUUUUUACGUCGUCCAGACUGAACCGAUAAAAAAGCGCUUUUGCAUGCUUAAAAUACUUAUUGAAACACACUGCGCAGACAUAAUCUUUUCAUCGAAAACGAAAAAAAUUUUUAAGUUGUUUGCUAGUACAAUUCGUAGGUUAUAAAAAAUUUCUGCGAUGCAUAUGAAAACAAAAAAAGUCUGCGCAUUACAAAAUGUUCUAAGGAAUAGCGUCCAAUCUUCAAAAAUAUUCUUAGAAGUUUUAGAAAAGUAUAAUUUGUUAGGAAAAAUUGUUAUUACUUUUUGCUAAGAUGUAGAUAAAACAGAGCAGUUUAGAUGUCCAUAAUAGUUCACGAAUAUUGCGCUAGCGACGCUAGUGCUACAAUUGAUCACUAUAGCCGGUAUUCAUAGUCGAAUCUUAUUUCAAGAUCGUCUUAAGUAAUGUCUUAAGAUGUGAAUACGGCUCUGUGAUUGGUUCAUGACAUCUUAAGACAGUACUUAAGUUGAUCUUAAAUAUAAGAUCUGACUAUAAAUACCGGCCAUAGGCCUAUGGGUUUUUUAUUCACUUUUUUAUAAGGGAACCCAGGGCCAGCCGAACACGCUAUUAAUUAUACUGAUAAUUUAUAAAAAAUGUUUUAAAUAGUUACUUGUGAUUUUAGUCUAGUGUAGCAUUUUUAAUAUUUAAAAAAUAUUACUGUUUUAUAUAUAAUAACAUUUCAUUAAUAUUGAAAUGAGAAUAAAUAUGAAUAUAUAUGUAAAUAGGUAGAUAGAAAAAGAAAUACAACUCGAUAUUAUA